UGAUAAUGCCAAGCCCAAAGAUAUAUACAAACCUAACGAAAAGUGAACGUCUUCUUUUUCUAAAAGUACUUUGAUGAAGGAAUAGAGUAUGAAGCAUCUGUGCAGAUUUUAUUACAUAAUAAUUUUACUGAGUUUUGGAAUUGCAUAUGCAAUUUGGGUUGAUGAGGAUAAUGAUUGCCUAUUUGCUACCUGCGAAGGAGAGGAUUGUCCAGGUGAAGAUGAAUUAUGCCCACAAAAAGAACAAGUCAACCCGUUUAAUUAUAACAUAAAGCCUCUAUCGAACACUAAUGAAAUCGUGGAUUCAAAUCCAAAUGUGUAUUGUGAGAUACACAGUUACAACAGGCAACAUGUUACGUUUAUGAAGUGUGUGAGUAACAACGGUUCCAUCUCUUGUGAUGGAAUACUGCCAAUCAGUACUGCUGUUAUUUACGAGUGCGCUCAAUUCUAUAAGCCGGUCAGUAAACUGGCUUUGUGCAGCAAAUCUGGCAAAUGGUCGGAAUCUAUCUCCUGCAUUCCAGACUGUGGAAAGACACAUCCUGUGGAGACAUUACCGUUAAUUCUACAUGGUUCUCAAGUUGAGGCAGGCCAGUGGCCAUGGGCAGCCGCUCUCUUCCAUCACGAGCCAGACAAUACGUGGAAACUAAUAUGUGGAGGCACCUUAAUAUCUACCAAUGCUGUCAUUACAGCUGCUCAUUGCAUAUGGAAGAAACCACCUAAGGACUUAUUUGUUAUGCUCGGACAUCUUUCCCGCAAAUUACCCACAACAAAUAGAAAAGAUGUGAUUUUUCAGGUGAAACGGUUCUAUUUAUUGCCUGUGUAUAGAGACAGGAUAAAUGGGUGGAGUAGUGAUAUAGCCAUUUUGGUUCUCAAGACUCCAGCCAAACUGUCAAGGACCAUCUUACCUGCUUGUCUCCCAGACAAAGAUAAUAUCACAAUAUCUCCGUACACCAUGGCAAUUGUCUCCGGUUGGGGAAAGAAUGAAAAGUAUGUUGAGUCACCAAGCCUUUACUAUGCAAAGAUCCCAAUAAGAGAUUUGAGGAAAUGUCUAACCCACAUCCCUCAGACAUUCCAUCAGUUCCUCAGUUACACCACUUUCUGUGCUGGAUAUAUCAAUGGAACUGGUGUAUGUAAUGGAGACAGUGGAGGGGGUUUGCUUUCUAAACAUAAUGAAAAAUGGGAACUGCAGGGAAUAGUAAGCGUAAGCUCCAGAAAAGAUUCCCGCCUUUUGUGUCACCCUCAGAAUUAUGGUUUGUUCACUAAGGUAUAUGUGUUUAUCUCAUGGAUACUGGAAGUUACCAGAUUUGAGAGAAAGAAGCUAGAGGAAGCUGAAGUACAAUGACUCAAGUUUUUAAACAUUAUUUAAAGCAAUAUUGGUUAAAACUGUAUUUAAUAUGGCAAUCCUCUACAAUUGAAACAUAACUAAUAAAAUAUAUUAUUGCUCUG